UUUUAGACUGUAGGCAUUUGUCACUGUAGGCAUUAGUGGACUCCUCCCAUAUAGAGCCCCACAGUUGACACAGAUAAAGAGGCCACUGUAGGAGUCCGCGGGUGAACAGUUGCAGAAACGAACAAUGCCUCGUGAACACUGGAGCCAUCAGUUUGACUACUUCGUCAGCCUACUUGGAUAUGGUGUUGGAUCUGGAACAUUCAUCAAGUUUCCGUUCUACUGUAUGCGCAAUGGAGGAGGAGCAUUUCUGAUACUCUUCCUCUUCUUCACAAUAAUCGGAGCCAUUCCAUGUGUUUUCCUGGAGAUGACUAUUGGCCAGUACUCUCAAAGUGGACCGAUUAACGUCUGGAACUUGUGUCCUUCUUUCAAAGGUCUUGGCGUUGGAGCUUUAAUAUGCGUCUGGUUUUUCAGUAGCUACUAUAAUGCCAUAUUCUCCUGGUUCAUGUAUUACCUCUUCUAUUCCUUCUCUGAAAUACUUCCUUGGGACAACUGUAACAACACUUGGAACACACCUACAUGUAUAUCUAGCAAGGAUCUUCGAAAGUUUACAAAUGUCACUAUUUCUUCGUAUAAUGCAAGUGAGACUGGAAUUACUAACAACAUAACCGGGGUUACUGCUGCUGAAGAAUUCUGGAGAAAUAAGGUGUUGGAAAUGACUGAUGGUCUGGAUAAUCUCGGUGGCGUUAGAUGGCAUCUUGUUGGUUGCCUGGCGAUCACACAUGUGAUUUUAUUUUUGUGGAUUUUCAAAGGAAUAAGAGUAUCAGGGAAGCUUGUCUACAUCACCGUAGGUCUUCCCUACAUCCUCAUCACAGUGUUUCUCAUACGAGGUUGCCUACUUCCGGGAUCAGCUGAUGGAAUAUACUACUACAUUUAUCCAAAGUUUGAGAGACUUACGGAACCAAAAAUAUGGAUCCAGUCCUGUAGUUUUGCACUGCAUUCACUAGGUAUAGCCUCUGGGUGUAUAACCUCCAUGUCUGGACACAACAGAAUGAAUAACAACUGCUUUAAAAAUGCCAUAUUGCUUUGCUUGGCUGAUUCCCUCUCGGCCAUUUUGACUGGAUUUGCUUUCUUCACAAUCGUCGGUCACGUCGCCUACAUACGUGGAGUAAACGUAGAUGCUUUUGAGUCAUCAGGUUACAACCUUGCCUUCAUCGUUUACCCUGAAAUGCUGGCCUCUCUCCCGUUCCCCCAGUCAUGGUCGGUCUUGACUUUUGCGACACUGAUGAUGCUUGGAAUAGAUUCUAUGGUACCAGGCAUUGCAACUAUCACGGCAGCCUUGGAAGACGUGUUUUCGCAAUUGUUUAAGAAGCGCCUCUUCUUCACGUGUGCAGUGCUUCUUAGCACUUUUCUAUUUGCUCUUUUAUAUGUAUCACAGGGUGGGAUAUAUGUGGUGACCCUGGUGGACUGGUUUGCCUACUUUCCCUCUACAGCCUUAAUUGCAGUUCUGGAAUGCAUGGUAGUUGGUUGGUUCUAUGGUACAGAGAGGCUUCAGGAGAAUAUCAGUAAGAUGUGGGGAAAGAAGAUGCCUCGAGUCAUGGUCAUUAGCCUAAAGUUCGUUUGUCCACUACUUCUGCUCGUUACAUUCUGCUACUCUCUGUACUCCUACCGGCCUCCGAAGUAUGGGGACUACAUAUACCCUGCCUGGGCUACAGGUGUUGGGUGGAUGAUAUCACUCGCAUCAAUCCUGCCGAUUCCUAUCAUUUGGCUGUGGACGGUUCUCAAUAGAAAUGAAACUUCACUGAAAGAGAAAAUUAAAAGAUCAAUGGAACCCAAUGAAAACUGGACUGGUUCAAUCGGAAUGGAGGGCGUCUUACAACCUAUGGCGGGACAUGAACUGACAUCAGUUUAAUACGAAUAUGCAAACGCUUUGUACGUCUGAGUUAAUGUUAUAUACAGGCCUGUGUAUGAAAACACUAAACUACAGCGGAAGUCAGUGAUGCCAUGUCGCUGUAAAAAAGUUUCUCAUUUGAUUGUUCUCCAGUGUCGCCGUUCCGUAAAACCAGCUCGUCACUGUAAAAUGAUCUCUGCUCCUCACCUACUCAUUACUGUCCGGCGGUCUGCCGCUCAGCAUCAGUUCUUUGACUUGGUGUUUGUAAUGCUAUCGCUGGAACAUUUGUUGUCUGUAAAUAUCAUUUUCCAGCAGUUUAAUCUUAUGCUUUUAUCAUAUAAUGAUUUGACAUACAUCUCCUUGUGUGUGCAAGCGUAUUCACAUGUUGAAAAUGUUUUAGUAACUUUGAUUCUCAUGCAGUAGAGGGAUUUGCUAGUACUAUUUUGAUAUUUCUAAUGUUUUUGUCGUUAUUCACUUGUAUCCCACCUCUCUAUUUGUACACAUCUAGCUGUAAAUUUUAAAUAGUACUUCUGGGUAGCUAAUGUGCAUCCCUUUAGAAUGAUACUUCUAUCUACAGUAUUGGGUCUGUAGUUAGUUUGCUAUUCGUAUUUUCCCAACUAUAGAAAUAAUUCCUUCACUAGUAGCAAGCGGUUACUGUCUUCUCCGAAGUCCGCGCUUCUCGCGCAAGUAGCUCAUCGGUACCGAGUGCAGCUAUCGUCAGGAAUCGUUAGACUUUGACGUUUCGUUCUGAUACUUCGUUCUGAACUUAGUUUCGCCUUGGGGUAAUUGUGGGACAGGUAUACUUAUACUGACUUACCCUGGUGCCAUUGUGCUAAACUUAUUUGCUAGGGUAUUUAUUAUAUCCGCUUUUAUCUAGUAAUCUGUGAAUAACUAGUUUGCUCAGGUGUAUCUGGCUAAGGUCAAGUACCUUUAUAUUGUUGGAAGUCAAGAACAUCAAUGAGUCAAGUAUUCUCUGGAAGUCAAGUAUUUCCAUUUUUUGUCCAAGACUAUAAGACAAAAUAUUUAUUUGGGCGUAUUCGUCGAUCUGUCAGUGUCCGAGAGACAAAUUUUAGGAAAAGAUCCACAGUGCCCAUUUCUCACAUUCGCACCAAGCCAAGGUAAUUCAUUCAUUACUGAGUGCAGAUUUAACAAACUCCAAUGUGUUUAUUGGUCACAGCCAUGCCAGUUGAAUAAUCUAUCUACGUGUCUCGCUGAUUGUCUUAUCAGAGUGUUGUUUCAUCCAUCUUAUGUAAUAGCUGGUUGUGCGGUUGUAUAGUUACUUGGUUUGCAUAUUGGUUCAUUGUUUAUUCAUCAGAGAUCUUUGCCUGUGACAAAUGGGA